AGCAGUGAGUGGCAGUGUUGUUGUGGCGCUUCGUGGAGGAGGAACAUCUGUGAUUAUGACAGACAACCAUGAAGAGAAAUGGAAACAUCGCGGGCUGAGAUUUCCAAGUGCACCCACACGGAUUUGGACUGGACGCAACAACCUUUCGGCUGCGUGAUUUCCAGCCAUUUCUCGGGUCAUUCCCCUGGAUUUGAAGUUACGGACUGUUUUGUUCCCGGAGUAAAUGAAGGGAAGGGGGGCCUGAAAUUAUACAGACGUUGGGGGGAAGUUGGGCUAGCUGGGGGAAAAAAAACGUUACUGCUCGUUGAAAUAGCGCUACUUUAUAUAUUUUAGCUUUACUCUAAAGUCUAAUUUCAACUCAUCUAGGGUUAUAUCCCGAAGCUGUGUUUUAUGUAAAUUUUAUUCUGAUUGAAAGCAGCUGUGGGAGAGCUAGGCUAGCCCGCUAGCUCCCAUGCAGAGCUAGCUUCUCGUUGCUACGAAAGCGUCUCCUGAAUGAAAAAGAGAAACGACGCAUUUCUAGUUUGAGAGCGUUUUAAAACAAAUUCACCACAAAGCAAUGAGAAGUUUGAUAUAAUUACUGACAUGUUUCUGCUGCUUUUUUAGAGUUUCCAAUCGGAUUCUGAUGGAAUUAUCAGUUUCUUCAAUCGAUAUUUAAAGGCAGGCUCGGCUUCAGUUUGAUUACAUAAUGUCUUAUUUACAUGGGAUUUGUUUCUCCCAAUGUGCACUACCUUUAAUCAAGCUUCACGGUAUCUAACAUAUUUAUGACACCCACUUUAUUUUAAAAAUUUUAGCCGGAAAUAGAGAAAAACAAAGCCUCUGCAGCUGGACCCACAUCCAGGUAGUUCAUGGCAAAACAGACUUUGUUUUGGAUCAAGCCAGAGGGAAAUAACACAUUUUGAGCCUCCUGAGGUCAGAGGUGAAGAUGGGCAGCCAGGGCAGCCCGGUGAAGAGCUAUGACUACCUGCUGAAGUUCCUCCUGGUGGGAGACAGCGACGUGGGGAAAGGGGAGAUCCUGGACAGCCUGCAGGACGGAUCUGCAGAGUCUCCGUAUGCUUACAGCAGCGGGAUCGACUACAAAACCACCACGAUCCUUCUGGACGGCAGGAGGGUGAAGCUGGAGCUGUGGGACACGUCGGGUCAGGGUCGGUUCUGCACCAUCUUCCGCUCGUAUUCCCGCGGCGCUCAGGGGAUCCUGCUGGUGUACGACAUCACCAACCGCUGGUCCUUCGACGGCAUCGACCGCUGGAUCAGGGAGAUCGACGAGCAUGCACCGGGCGUGCCGCGGAUCCUGGUCGGGAACCGGCUGCACCUGGCCUUCAAGCGGCAGGUUCCCACGGAGCAGGCCCGGGCCUACGCCGAGAAGAACGGCAUGACCUUCUUCGAGGUCAGCCCGCUCUGCAACUUCAACGUGAUCGAGUCCUUCACGGAGCUGUCGCGCAUCGUCCUGAUGCGGCACGGCAUGGAGAAGUUCUGGAGGCCCAACAGAGUGUUCAGCCUGCAGGACCUGUGCUGCAGAGCCAUCGUGUCGUGCACGCCCGUCCACCUCAUCGACAAGCUGCCGCUGCCCGUCGCCAUCAAGUCCCACCUCAAGUCGUUCUCCAUGGCCAACGGCAUGAACGCCGUCAUGAUGCACGGACGCUCGUACUCGCUGGCCAACCCGGCCGGCGGCUCCAAGGCCAACAGCCUGAAGCGCUCCAAACCCGUCCGCCCGCCGCAGAGCCCGCCGCAGAACUGCACCCGCAGCAACUGCAAGAUCUCCUAGGAGACGGCGGAGCGACGUUUCACCGCGGGGCGGAGAGCCGGACUGCAGAGGCGUCACUACCUGUACAGAACCUCACGGCUCUCCUCCCGA